AUGCAGGACGAAGAAUUCACGAUCACUGGCGACACCAGCAACGCUGAAGAUGCAGCCUUUGACAGUCAGGUGGGGGCCCUUCAAGAGGCUGUCCUGGAUGACUCCUUCCAGGACAUGCUGAAUGCCUACUGCAGAGAGCACUGCCAUCACUUCGAGGACACAGAGGAGAACAAACUCAUCUACACCGAGCUCUUCAACCAGUACGCAGAGCUCAUCGAAGGGCACCUCGAACGGCAGAUGGCAAGCGCCAUCCCUGGCUUCUCCAUGGCAUCCUUCCUCGAAGAACUGUCCCGAAGAGGUGAGGAUGAGAUCGAUGCAGCAGUCCUUGACUUGUUGAUCUCGCUGACGGACUUCAUGUCUUUCAAGCAGCAGAUGCUCAUGGUAAAGGCCGGGGAUGCUGGUUUGUCCUUGUCUGGGACUGCUUCACAAAUCCAUGUCGACGAAGACGAGGAAGGUGAAGCUCGUCCAGACCUUGAUGGCUUGCUGACCGUCUCACCAGCCUCGCCAAGCCAACGUGCUCCAGGCAUUCAGUGCAUCAUCGAGUCGAAUCCGAACGUCAUUCCUGCAGAAGAUGCCUACCGAACCAUUCCGGGCAGCGCCGUUGGGCAGCCCAACCGUGUGGAUCCAUGGGACUCGCCUAGCAUUGCUGGUUCCGCGUCCUCGGAAAGCUUAGAACGGUCUGCCUUGCCGCCCCUGACCAUUGGAGGCAUUCAGUUUUCACGAGAAGAUGAUAUCGAGAAUAUGGAGAAGCUCUCCAAUCUGUUCGGACAAGUGUUUUACACGCACGUGCUGUCACCCGGAGAUUCUGCUGCUGCACAGGCGUGGCAGGCCUUGUCCUCGGACAUCUGGACGCUUGUGCAGCAUGCAAUGCAGACCCCAGCCAUGGCCCUCUCCGUGGCAAUGUGCCUGUAUAAUUAUUACUGGUGGGAAGGUCCUCACAACAACCAGCCAAAUGCAGUUGCCGGCUAUCAUGCUGCGGAGCUGAUGUAUUUAGCUGUGAGGCAUGCCCGUUGUCACGAACCGCAUUUAAGCGCACAGGAGUUUUACAUCCUGCAAUGCCAUCUGCGCUGGCGCUACCUGCUAAUGCUUGCUGGGGAAACCGGCCGCUACCUGGCCAUGCAGUCUCGCAGCAUCCAACAUGGGAGCCAAAUGCUGUCACGGGCGCGAUCCUGGUUCCGCGAGAUGCGCCAGCUGCCCAACGUGGAACUCUUGCAUGGGCUCAGCACCCACGAGGUCAAUUUCAACAUGGAUUACUACCCUGCAGCCACCAUGCGAUUCGGGCCUGUGUGGCAUGAUCCCCUGAAAGUUCUGCCAGUUGCCAGUGUUCUAGAGGCAAGCUAUCCCAUCAUACGCUCGGAACUGGAGAGCAUCCUGCGACAGGGGUCCACAUUCGAGAACCUUGACCAGCACACACGCAAUGCUGAAACACAAUUUGGCCCCAGAGGGGACGACUGGCUGACAGCAUACCUGUUCAGGAAAGGGGAGCCCAUUCCAGAAGUCUGCGCGCAUGCACCUCGCACCUGCCAGAUCCUUCAGCAACGGCCCGAAAUUGCAAAUUGCAAAAUGGGAGGGUCGGGGGCAGGCUUUUUGCGAAUGAGACCUGGUGGCAGACUCAAGCCACACUUUGGCAACGCUCCGCGGCUGAGUGUGCACUUGGGUUUGAUCGUACCUGACGGGGAAAUCUCAAUGUACGUCGGAUAUGAAGAGCUGAAGUGGCAGGAAGGGAAGGUCAUCGCUUUUGAUGACACUUUCAUCCACCAGGUCCUCCACAACGGUGUCGAGCCGAGAUAUGUGAUGAACCUCUGGAUGUGCCAUCCCUGCGACCCUUACGAUGGCAAACUUCCCGGGGAGCAAGUGCCGGAGUACUGUCGCGGAGGUGCCACUAGGCGCAGCAUCGCUGGCCUGAUCGCAGACUGUACUAAGGAUGUAAACCCGGAGCGCGCCGUGACCAGGGCGCUCGGGUCUUCGGAGCUCGUGAUGGAGGACACCCCCUAUGACAGCCUCACGCGAGAGCAUCUCCAGAAGAUGGCGAAGUGGAUCGUCAUGCUUCGAGGCGGUGAUGAAUCUUCAGAAUCUACAGCCGCAAAGGCAGAAGACGUGCUGCAUGAAGUCAUCGCGAAGAAGUUUGGGGAGGGAUUUGAUCCAUCCCGAACAACUGAUGGCAGAAGCAAUGAAUGGCAGCCAGGAUUUGUCCAGAUUCGCCACUAUCGAGAUGCCGUCUACCGGCUUUCCAAGGAACCCCAAGGCAGACAGUCUGCCUGGAUCCAGCAAGUCUUGCGGGACAUAGCAGCGCAUCAGGAAUUCCACAAGGAGCUCCUAGAACACGAAGCAACAUCAGACAGCUUUGCGGCGUUCACGGCAAAGAUGAACGUGCUUCUGACAAACUAUCUAACUGCCGCCAAAGACGAGGUGCAAGCCAGGGAGAGCAUGGAAAGCUUCUGCACUCAUGCGGCCUACAAGCAGCAUACGUAUCUGUAUGCCCAGGCAAUUCUGUGGCAACUGCGAGGCAAGUGUCCGCGCCAACAUCAAGCGCUGCUAGCCCUUAGUCAGGCACUGACGUCUCGUGGUCUCCAGCGCUUUCCGUCUCACGUCUCUCGCUUUGACCUGAGCCUGAGUGGGGACGAAGAUGCCAAAGAUUUGGCCGGCCUUCUACUGUCAAUGUCUCGGCGAAGUGGCAAAGAGCUCGCUGCCGAGGCUGCAAAGGUUUGUCGCAUCCUGGAAGGCCUCUUUGGGUUCCAGGACGCCCGGACGGUUCUGUCCCCGAGCCUACAGGAGGACCGAUCGCCAAGUACCGAGGUGGCAUCGGAUGCUACAGAAUGGGGCGAACAGGUUUGCCCGGACAUCCCGGACCCAGAGGGCCAACCCCAAGUCCCAGUUGGCCAGGGCUCUCCAGCGGCUUCGUCUGUCCGCGACAACGCUACAGCUUGGAAUUCCUCCAUCCAGGCACCCUCAUGGACAGCCCGCCGUGAAAGCGAGGGCGACUGGGAGGAAGACAGAAACAGUCAGCGCCUUGAUCCAACGAAAGGCAAGAAAGGGGUGCAGUGGCAAAUGCGCAGCCCGCAGAUCUUCCACAAGCUUUUGGUGCAGUUUGUUGAUCCCGAAAACGAAUUCCAUCCGGCUGAUAAGCGGCCGUGCGCGAAGCUAUUGGCAAUAGUUUGCCAUGAUGGCCUUACCUCAUCGGAUGAAGCUGUGCGCCAGUCUGCGCUCGAGGCUGUGGACGAAGCCACUUCCGACCUGUGCGCUGUGUACGAAGUCACGCACGGCGACAAGGCGUUUGCUGUUCAGGUAAACAAUUUGAUCCGGCGAAUCCCGCAAUCCUCCGCUCUGGGUUGUGCUGCAAGCCUCUGUUGGUUGCGACACCACGGCAUCGGCGGACGCUUGGGAGGCCAGGAGCGGCUACGCCGCAUGUCUCAGCCAGUAGUGGCUCACCUGCUUCAAAAGGCAUGCCAGGCACACGACCGGCAGUUCACGAGGAUCCUGGAGAUCACGGAAUACAUACUGGAACAGCUCGAUUCGGGUUCGUUUGACAACGAGGAGGUGGUAUCAUCAGGUGAGGAGCACAAGACGCCAGGCCAUUCCGGGCUUGCGGCCCAGGAAACGAGAGAGAUCGAGGAAAGCAGAAGAAAAUGCUUCGGCUACAUCCUGGAGCUUCUCGUGCACUUUGCCAGGGAGUCCUGCUGCGUUGCAUUGGUUGCGAGUGUCUUGGCAAGAAGAGGCUCCAGUUGGAUCUCCGGGCAGAUCCAGAGCUUCUUGCAAGGUGUUUUCCGUGAGCAGCGCGAGUACACUCCGGCCUUCGGAGUUGCUGUUGUGCGGCUGCUUGCCUGCGAUCCUGUUGGAACGGCUUGCACGGCCACGGACGAGCAGCGUAAGUUGGCCAUCGAAUUCUUGAAAAGGGUCGGGCUCUUGUGCAAGGACGAUGCAUUGUGGAAGGCAGAGUUCGACAAGGCGACCGAGAAAGUGAAGCCUUUCCUCAAGAAGGUCAACCACGCCAAGGAUUCCCCGAUUCAAGACGGCAAGAACAAGGCUUCUGCCGGACCGAGCGCUGGCCAGAAGAGAGAAGGAGGAGCAUUGGAGGAACAUCAGGCCAAGAAGGUGAAGCCGUCGCCACGGUCAUCGUCAAGGCAAUCGCCCAUAACCAUACCGUCACCUGGACAGUCGCCUGUGCCUUCGCAGCCAGACAGCAGCCAGGACGAUUGGGAACCCCAGAUUCAGGCCUUGCAGGGCCAGUGGCUGCGGGACUUUGACAACAUGAAAGUACUUGUGAGAGGAUACAAGGCUAUCUUCGGCGAUGGGCUGCAGAUGCAGACGAUGAAGCUUCAAGCAAGGCCAGGGAACAAGGUGAAGCUGGCCGAAAAGUGGGCAGCCGUGAUCGAUAGCCCGCGGCCACAGAGGGUCAUAUGGACGGGUGAGUCCAAUGGUCGCGCGCUGAGCAUCCCAGCGCAGGCAGAUGGAACGAAGCUGAUGUCCAAACCGCGCAACCGCAGUACUCGCAAGAUCGUUUGGCACAGCGUCCAAGGUGCAGUUGUAGAUGCUGCUGUGCUCGCCCAGACGAUUGGAAGUGAGAGAGUGAACGCAUCUUUGCGCCAAAGGUUCUACCUCGAAGGUGAGGCUGCCCCGGACAUCAUCUCCGAGCUGCUUCCCGAUGUGUCAGAGGAAGACAUUCGAUGCCGCCUGAAAGAGCACGGAGGCAAGGGAGACAUUGUUCUGCAGGAACUGCUGGAUGCCCAGGAGGCAAGUUUUCUGGGAGGGUUGCUGGACGAGGAGAGUCCUCCUCCAACCAUGGAGGAGGCCACACCCCUUCAGGAAGUGCAUCAGCAAACACAAGCGACAGUGACGGAAGAGGCAAACUCGGCACCGCCAAGUGCGUGUCGCCUCGCCGCAGACCAGAUUCCAGCCCAAUAUGCAGAGACUGAGGCCGAGCAGGCAGAGCCGCAGGCAGAGCCGCAGAAGAGUGUGACCAAAGCUCCACAAGCCCCGAGUGUCCCGACUUGGCUGCCCAUGCUUCAACCGUCAACUCCUGUGGAGCAAUCUUCCAAGCGGAAGAUCCAGUACGAUCGGCAGACGGACAGGCUGAAGGCUGCCUUGGGCCCAGCGCCGAAGGCAGUCAGCAUCCCUUCAGCACACGACCUCGAUGUCCGAGGCAAAGCGCGGGAGGGAGGUGUCCAUUACUUUUGCGCCAUGAGACGCCUGUUUGGCCUCAGCAAGGAAGAGCCGCCCGCACAGAAAGAAGCUCCGAGCCUUCAGGAGGCUUCAUCUCGCAUUGACGAGCAGGUGUCCAACCUUGAAGCUAAGAUCAAAAAGACCGAUGACGAGAUCAAGACCUUCGUGGCUCAGGGGAGCUCCAACCCAACGGCCAAGUCCAAGGCACUGCAGGCCAUGAAGAAAAAGAAAAUGUACGAGCAGCAGAGAGAUCAGCUGCUCAGUACGCAGUUUAACGUUGAGAACCUGGCAUUCCAGCAGGAGCAGGCGGAGAUCACGGCCAUGGCGGUGCAAGCUAUGCAGACAGGUCACACGCAACUGAAGGAUCAAGCCAAGCAGAUGGACAUCGCAGCGGUCGACAAGCUCACGGAUGACAUGGCAGAUUUGCAGGAUGAGAUGAAAGCCAUCAACGAGGCCCUCGCCCAAGGAUCUAUGGUGCCUGACGGGGCCACCGACGACGAGCUGGCCAACGAGUUUGCCAAGCUCGAGGAGGAGAUGGCUGCAACGGCCCUCGCUGGAGGGGCUCUCCCGGACUCGGGUGUCCCCGCCAAAGCGGAGGGUGCGGCGGAAGUGGCUCCGGCACCCAGGGAGGCGGAGGCAGCUGCUGUGCCGAGUGCACCGCCGUGA